AUGACAGAAGUGUGUGGAGUGAAUGUGCCACCGGCAAUAGCUCCAUUGUUUUCGUUACCUCAAUCAUCAAUUGAUGAUAUUCAAAAUACUUCCCUAAAUUCAAUUCGAAGUAGCCAUCCGUUCUCUUACACGAAACCAACACCUGGAGGACCAAAACUUCAUAAUCGGAUCAAAUGUCCAAGGGUAGUUCCACGUUCAUUCUGGUUAUCGUUUGAAGAGGACGAGGAGCUCGACGUCCCAUUACUUGAACCGGAAAUGCCACAAACUGUACAUCUUCAGUACAACUCGCCAAUGGGAUUGUAUUCCAAGGAGGCCGCAGUCGAACAGUUCCAACAACAAAUUGGAGAAACCCCAAAUGACUUGCCUGCUCAGGAAAAACACUUUGAUCCCUCCAAAAGUGCAACUUUGAAGUACUUGAAGGAAGGCGAACGAGAAAACUUUGGCGAAAACUUUUUCGAAAAAGUGGCUCAAGCCGAGGCUCCACGAGUCCCAUAUCAAUCGGAGCCAAAUUGGGCACGCACUGCAAGAGAGAAAAGCGAACGAGCACGAAGCAAGACUCCAGCUGAUCCACACACAGCUUAUCGUCCAGCAAGUUCACCUGCACCAGCCAAUCAUCCAGUACAUGCUGAAAAUGCUCGUGAGCACGCUGAAAAAAGCAAAGUAUUCACACAUAAUAUAAAUGAACCAUUUGGAAGAUCUUAUUGGGAAGCAAGUAAUACUGUUCCAAGAUAUGGUAGAAGCCAUUCUGUUGGACGUGAACUUUAUAAUAGAGGCUAUGAAUUAGGAGGAAUGGAUUAUACUGGUGGAAUCCACGUGGAUCAUGGAACUGAUUAUCAAUAUUAUGAAGAACCGGCUAGAAAACCACAGACACCAAAACUACCACCUGGCUAUGAAUUGGGAGGUACUGAUUUCUAUAAAGGACACGUUCCUGGUGAUGCAAACUAUCGUGGACACGGACCAGAUCCACCAAGACUUCGUCCGAAGUAUACUGCGGAUUCUCAUGAUCCAUGUAAUGUUGCUAUAGCACCGAAUUUGGAAGGGGUUGACGCAAAUUUACUCGUCGGUGAUACCCUCUCAAAUCAAAAGAUCCGUCAUGAAGUCCGUCACAUUGACCAAACGAAAUUCGGAACAUCAUUUGGACCAACUAAAGGAUUCAGUUAUGAUCAUCACACUGUUCCAAGAUAUGUUGAACCACCAAAGCCAGUUGUCUACUCUUUGUCUGCCAAUAAAUCAUUGGCUCGUUCUGCAUCAGUUCCACGUUCAUCUGCUCCACCUGAGCAACGAGAUGUUUGGAAUAUUCAACAAUCGGAAGUUGAUAAGGAGGUGAACAUUCGAACACUUCUGACCGACGAGGCUCUUCGAGCACCAAAACGAGAGCAGUCACCGUAUUGGGCGGGUCAUUCUGAACAGAAACAUGAAGCAUGGAGAGGAAGAACUGAUCCAAGACUUCAAAGAUAUGAGACCUACAUCACUGAGCCAAAUUGGCGCCGAAAUGUGGAUCAACGUCGUCUUGCGUGGGAACGACGUGCUUUUGAAACCGAGCAACAUUUGAGCCGCCCGUAUUCUGAAAAGGUGGCGCCUGGCGUGCCUCCGGCCUGGCAUGCAGAGGCACAACACAAGCAUCAGCAGUGGCAGCAGCAGGCGGAUAAUAUGAACACUCAAAACUACACCUACUCAACAACUGGAUACCAGCCAUCCCAACCAUCGGGUGGUCAACAAUCAUACAAUGAGACCAGACAAUACUCAUCCAAUGCUACUUCCAAUUAUCCAUCACAAACUCAACAAUAUCAGCAACAACAACAUCAAUAUCAAUCGGAUCAUUCGAAUGCUCAACGUCUCUUGAACUCUGGUUACAACACGAACCAAGUAGACUAUGUACUCGGUCACAAGGACAAGUACAACGAGGGACCACAUUAUCAACCACCAAUUAUUAAUUCAUCAGCUACUGCUGCAAACAAUUCGUCAUCCUCAACCCAUCACUACAACUCUUCAUCUCAAGCAAUCCCACUUGGAGGACCAAAUCAAGGACACUCUUCGUCCUCUUACACUACUGAGACAAGAGUUACUGGAGGAGGAACUGGAGCCCCAGUAAGCAACAACUACAGUAACCAGAACUAUUCUUCAUCUGCUUAUAACUCCCAGUCUUCUCAACAUCAGACAAAAUCGAUUCCUGUUCAGAAUUAUCAGAUAUCCUUCCCGCCACUUUCUGUUUCUACUCCAGCUUUUGGCACUUCAUUUUUCGAGAAUUCUCAAAAAUCUUUCCAAGAAUCCAGUGAAAAGUUCCAUCGUGAUUUGGCUUCUCCACUUUCUAGAACUAUUCCAGUUCAAUCUGCCGGGCAUUUUUCUGAAGUUUCUAAAUAUUUCAAUUCGGAAGAGACAAAUCAUGAAUCCCGUCAAGAGUCUCGGUGUCAUAGUGAAGUUGCUGAAACUACUGAAACUUCAGAGAAAAAGGAGGAGAACUAUCAAGUUUCUCAACCAGCUAUUCCAUUGCCAUCAGCUGAUCAGGUUUAUGAGAGCUCCAACUACAACAAGAGCUACUCAAGCCAAACUACCACUCAACACCAACCACAGCCAGUUGCUGCUAACAACAACUACUCGACUAGCUAUCAUACCGAGAGAUCUUCUACGACAACUGCUCAACAACCACAAACAAUUGCUCUUCCACCACCACAGAACAAUUCAAGCCAUACCGAGACUCACAGCUCCACUGGGCCAAUCAUGAUGCAUUCUCCAGGAGGUCAUUCAAUGAAGAGCACUGAAUUCUCAUCAAGCCGCCAUCACAAACAGGAGACUACAACAACUACAACAACAACUCCUCAGCCUCCAGUAUUCCAAACUACAACCUAUCCAACGACCAAAACUACUUCAUACAAUUAUUCUUCGAGCACCAUCCCAUCGCAGCCAGCCAAACCAUCGUUCAACCAGGAAAGCUAUACAACUCACACAGAGAGAAACAAUUCUUCGCAAGGAUUCCCACAACAAAGACUUCAACCAUCCGGUGGAUAUUCUUACGAAAACUAUUCCAGCAGCAGAAAGGAAGAGAACCGCCGUGAAGAGACCUCCCGUCCAGUUUCUCAACUUUCUCAGUAUUCGGAAUCCCGUAACUAUAAGAGAAAUUACGAGGAGAAGACUGAAACUACAACAGUUCCAUCUCUUGCACCAGCAACCAAUGUCACCUAUAAAGACUUAUCAAAUGCUCAAUGUGUAGAUGAUGUUUUCAAUAAGAAGACUGAAAUGAAUGAGUCUCUUCCAGUUGGAUCCGUUUUCAAUACUCAUAAUAAUACUGAGGGAGGCUACCGUGAUGCAAAUGGACAUGAUGUAUCUUACAAAAGAGAAACUCAAACAUCAGCUGAUCCAGGAAGAGAGACAGCUCUUCUAAAAGAGGAAGAGAAACGAGUUGUUGAAACUCCAUUGGAGCCAGGAGUCAUCUCUCGUCACGUCACUACCAAGUAUUACAAGAAGAAAACUGUCACUGAUACAACCACCACUACUGCCUAAAAUACUUCCAAUUUUUGUUAUUUAAUGGUAAAAUAUUCUACAAAUUUGAAACAUGAUUUAGAUUUUCUAUUGUAAAGCUAUGAUCAACGAAAAAACAAACAACAAUCGUAGAUUUAGGUAUUUUGAAACUGUGAAUUUUAUGAAAUUUAUGCAAAAUAUGAUAUUUGGCGAUAUGAAAUGUAGAUUUAGUAUAUCUUUUGUUUCUAUUGAAUUCUGGUAUUUUUCAAUUCUUUCUCUGUUUUAUAUUAAUAAAUUGAUUUUUUUAACGAUAAAUUGUUUAUCGAUC